GUUAAUUUGAUGCUAUCCUGCGCACACAUGGGCAACGCGUGAAUUGUGUGCCAUGCAACGUGGAUUUCUGCAAAAUGGUGGCUAUACAACCGACAGCAGCCGAAUCCUGGGAAUUCAUGGCAGUUGCUUUUCCAGAGAUGGGUUAGUUUACCAAACGAUUAAAAGAGCACUUGUCCUGACACAACAUUUGGGACAAUUCGAAUCACUUGGUCUUGGAUUUUUUUAACGACAGGAUGGAUGCGUUGAUCGCUCUCAGGAGAGCCUGAACAUGUGGCAAGUCUCCGAGCUUUGCUUGAAAAAGAGGAGGCCAGUUGUUUUUCAAAAGCGGCCACUUCCAUAUAUUUAUUUGCCAGGUUGAUUCUUGCUUUUAUAUAAGGACAGACUACGUCAGCUUCGGCAACGUCGUUUGCAAAUAGAAAACUCCAAAGUGGAUCCACCUUCUCGAGUUUUGGAGCUGCCUUGUGAGGGGCCCGACGAGAUGGCAAUGAAGGCCUUGGCCCUACAUACGGAGCCUCCGCCAGCUGCAUUGCACCGGCUUGGCGUAGCUGUCAUGCUGGUUCUCGAGGCACCGAUCCUGGUAGAUUUGGGGGACCAUCCCCUGCCAUCCAGGGUUCCCUGGAAGAACCUACAAAUUCUGCUGCGGAAAGAGACAGCGCCCAAUGGGAAGAAGGCUGGGCAGUCUGGCGUGCCCAUGAAAGACAUUGUCGCCUCUCUGCAGCGUCCCUUUGGCGACCGCCUUGCCCGUCACAUUCAGCGGAUCUUGGGAGGUGACCCUCCCUUGACACGCUCAGAAGUUCUGGAACUUGAUGAAGCAUGCGUAGGUCUUUUCGACUGGGUGAUAAAUCUGCUGGCUCCUCUCGUCAAGGAAACAAAGAGUGCGACGCUGGGUGAAGACCCCUGUGAACUACGUGCAGAGAGGGAAAGCGCCUCUGAGGCCGUAGGACAACAGGAGAAAAAAGUGGCGCAGCUGCGACGAAAGCUGCGUGAGAGUGUUCGCUCAGUACAAGCAGCCACGGACUUUGCGGUUGAAAACAAUCCAAAAAGAACCUCGGAAAAGAGUGCUUCCAAGCCAUUGGAGGUGACGGGCGAGAAAUCGCUUCAAUAUCGUUUGGAAGAAGUUGCUAUACCUGCUACGCAGGAGGCCAUUUUGCAAUCCCUGGUGAAGACCUUGAUGGAUCCGAGAGGUACCCAUCGAUGUCUUGAAGUGAUUGGCCACAGCGAGGACCGUGAAUCUGACAAUGUUGCGCAAGGGCGUGCAGAGGCUGCAGAGGCAUGGCUGUUGGAUGCUGGCAUUCCAUCGGAGCGCCUUACAGUGUCCUGGGAAGUGGGUGGUCCGGCUGUGUGCCGCCGUACAGACUUCCGGCUGAUGGAUGUUGUGGGCAGUGAGCUGGUGAUGCGCAGGAAAGCCGAAGAUGUGAUGAAGCGGAUAUUUGAGAAGCAGACAUUGCACGAGUCAAGUGAGAGGCCAGCCCCAACAGAAGGAUCCAGUCGAAAUGAAGGCCCUGAGCAAGGAAGAUCCGAAGAAGAUGCAGCACCUCCUGCAAAUCCGGUGGAGUUGAAGAGAGUUGUGGAAGAUGCAGAAGAAAGUUCCACGAGCAGCUCUCCAACAGUGAGCAUGGAGGUUUCAGGGCAACAAGUGCGGCUGGUUUUCAAGAAGGACGACCUCGCCCCACAUGACGCGAUUCUCGAGGUUGGCACAAAGAUAGUUCGCUUGGCAAGUCAAUCAAGCAGUUGGCCACAGAAGGAGGUCGUGCUGCCGUUUGAUGUCCAACCUGAAGAGCCCGCAGCCAAGUUCUCGCGAAGAGCAGGCACAUUGACCCUGACGCUGGCUGCAGCAGGAUAAACCCCUCGAAAAAAGAGCUUAACAGGCUGUCC